AUGGAUUUACCGGCUACGUAUUACGGGAAACUUGACAAAAGAAACCCUGUGGUAAUAGCUUUUUUACGAGAGAUUAACUCGUUCAUAGCAGUUAUGAAGAAACUCGCUUCUUCGCCCGCACGAGAGGACAACACUGCUUACGUUAAAGGGAUUAAAAUAUGUGUGGAAAUAUGGAAAAAGUACAAAAGUAGACUUCCGCCUAGCUUCUAUCAUGACCACAUGUUACAGGUGGCAGAUGUGCUGUUUCAAAUAAAGUUCUAUGACAUGGCCUUGUGGUAUGGCUACAGACCACACGUGCAGCAGUUCACAUCAGUGGACAUUCUUGACUUUAAAGACGUAGACCACUUCAAAGCUUCUCUUUUCCCUAAAGGUUUGGACACAGACCAAGACGCUCUUCUCAUGAAGAUCCGGGCGCUGUAUGGCUGUGCCCUCUGCACUUUUGAACAGGUGAAGGCUCAUCAUGACCUCACUCCUGAUGGUCUUUGUAAACUGCUCUGUGUGCUGAAUCUUAUUCAAAUCAUUAUGCAAGUUUUUCAGCAUUACGACGGCCUGUGCUGGCAAAUGUAUAAUGGCUCAGUUCUCAUCUACAACAUCUGUCUGUACCUCAUGACAAACAACUACAGUGCACAGGCGCUGGAUUACCUCUUGUGGGCGAGUAUCAGUAUAGAGCUGUCUGUCCCACUGAUGACAAGUAAAAAUGUGCCAUGGCUUGUCACAUUGUACUGUACUGUAUGCCAGUGUUACUAUGACAACCAAGACACAGUGAAAGGGGAGGUGUUUGCCAGACGAGCUCUUGUAAAAAUCACGGAACUUUUAAAAUUAGAAGAGCAAUGUGGGAUUCCAGCCUCCAAAGAGACAAGAAGAGCCUACAAAGAAGCAUCGAUCAAGUUGGUUACAAUGGUUUUUAAGCGGGCUGUUUUUGAAGCAAGGAUUAAAACGCUUCGAUAUAAAAUAAAAAAGGAUCUAUCCGAUAUACCAAAUGCUCCUUGGCCACGUACCACAACUGAAAAGAUGCUCUCCAGCCUGUUUGAUGGAGGAGCAGCACAGUUUCUAGCUGUUCUGGAGGCACUGAGAGACAGCAGGAAACUCCUCCCAACAGCAGGAGGACCAGGGUACCUGGAGGGACAAGAGGUGGUCCUAGAGCUUCUUGCUGCUGGCAUCAGUCUGUUGUCCGGUGAAACAGAAAGUGAACCAAAGAAUGACUGCCAGUCCUCAGGAUCUCUUUGUGCAGUCACAUCAUCAUCUUCACUUCUAGAUUUAGCUAUUGCAGGAGAAAGCAAGAUAUGCUUUGAGGCCGCCGUGGAGUUCAUUAAACUAUUGUAUUACAACAAGCAGCCAGAGGCUUUUUCUGAGUACUCAAGAAAAAUGCUUCAGCUUUUGUCGUGUUUGAAAGGCCUGUCAUCAGAAACAGCAGAGCUGGAACUGGGUUUACUUUAUUAUUACAGCUGCGUGCAAAAAGCAGAAAAACAGAAGGUAACAUUGGCUUGGGCCUGGUGUGUGUCUGUGCUGUGUGAAGUGGCCUUUGCCUUUGAGCCCUGCACAACUCACCAUUGUUUACUGACGGGAGAGAUGACACUGAAGUUUGCCAUGCUCCUUGAAAGUGCCUCUAAAGGGGUUCAACAAAAGUCUUCUCCAAAAGUCAGUGCUGCAGAAGGCGAUGCUGGGAUAGUAAACUCUCUCUCUCUUAGCAAGAGUUCCAGGAUCCAACUGCUUCAAAAUGUGUGUUCAGUGGUAAAAAAGUGUCUCGUAAUUUUGUCCAAGGGAAUGAGCACAAUGCUGCCUCAAGAUGGAUCCACGCUCAUCGACACGGCUUAUAUGGAGAAAUAUGGAAUAUCUUCAUCCACUUGGCCGUCUGAAGAAGGAAACAGUGAAGAUAGCUCUGCACAUGUAGAAACAUCUAAACACACUUGGAGCAGAGGUGACUUCCUGCUGGUUGUGGAUCUUCACUUUCAUCUCAGUGCCAUUUAUUAUAGAGCAUUUCUGGGUUUGGUGCAUGAUCACGCAGCUGCAGAGUCUGAGAUACUUCAGCAAAUUAAGAAAAACAAAGUCUACAAAGCUGUUUAUCUGAUGCAGACUGCUUUAAUGGAAUAUAACAUGGACUCCAGCAUCAAGAACCUACUAGAGGAGUCUGCUGAACUGAUAAGGAGAGCGGGAUCAGAAGAAAAAAAGCUCUACAUGUCCACUGUUGCAACCAGUCAGUCUGCAUCAUCAUCAUCAUCAUCAUCAUCAUCCAAACGCAGAGGCUUUAAGGAUAAAGAAGACUGCCCUCCACCUCCACCUGUUCUAAUAUCACGCUCAGAUCACUCUUUGAGCUUUGUACCUGCUCCCUACAACCCAAAUGAAAAAGUGUGCUGGUAUCAGCUUUUGGGCCAUGCUGCUGAGGAUUCUACUAACACCAAAGUCAGACUUGGAGACUGCAGUUUGUCAGGAACAGGCAGUUUGAUCUCUGCUGAAUCUGACAGAUGUGUGUUGAAGGCAGAGGGCUUAGACCCAAACCAGAAAUAUGUGUUUGCUGUAGCUGCAUACAACAGUCAGGGGGAGCUUGUGAGCAGCAGCGUCGGGGAGACCACUAUCCCACUGUUAGCCUCACCUCCACUGCCCCUGCUCACCUCCUGGGCUUACCUCGCACAGGUGGCAUUUCAGACCAAACAGUAUGAUGUAGCCAAGACAGCCUGCCAGAAAGUCUGGAGCCACUUCACUUCCACUGAAUCCAGAACUAACAUAAUGCAAUAUGAACUUUUCACCCCAAGGUUGCAAGUUACCACACUGAGUCACUCAUCACUCGCCCUGCGCCAUUCAGUCUUUGCCUCCAUAUUCAUUGAAACAGAAAUGAACAUGCAGUGUGCCUCUCUCCAGUUUGACCAGUUUAGUGACAGAGGACUGUUUAUUUGGGAGCAGGUUGCCAGACUAGAAGAGUGUGAGCGGAUGCUGGUGGCCAUAGACUUAACAUCCUGGUUAACUGACCCCAGUGAUGCUGUACAAGCUGUUCUAGUUUGUUAUGCUCUUGUGAGCCCUCUCAUCUACCAUCAGAUCCCAUGUGACCCUGUGAUACAGGUUUUAACUAAAUGCCUGAAUGUUGUUGAGAAAAACCUUCAUCAGCUCAAACACAAGUGGACUGGGAGCGCCUCAGAAGCUCUUAUGCAAAAGAUCGCCUGCAUCACGUACUAUCUCUACAAGGCAUUGCAUAACCUUAAUGAGAGUGAGAAAGCCGCUGUCACGAUGGACUGUGGCAUCAAUCUAAUUCAGGAAAUCUAUGAUGCACAAAAUGAACAAAUCAACAAAGCAGUUGUAUCGGUAAAACAAGCCUCUGUACAGAAGUGUGAGAUGAAAAUGAGUCCCCAGCUGAAGGCUCUACGUGGAAAGAAAAAGAUCAAGAUCAGUGAGAAUGUAAGUAAAUUUACUUUCAGUGAAGAUCACAGCAAAAUGUAUGAUGUUGUAUCAAGCGCUCCGAUAAGACACGUCUUUCAAGAAGUGAUGAAGCUCAGACAAAAAACCCUCUUUAUUGAGUUAUCCUCACUGCUCCUGGAGAGGGCGCUAGAGGAAGGAGAGGCAGCUCUGGUGAUUGAGUGGGGAAACUCUUUUAUUGAAUUACUGAGAAAGGUGAAAGGAGCAGCUCAUAUACAUGAGGAUGAUGCAAAAAGAAAAGCAAGUGAGAAGUGGAUUAGGAAGAAGAUGAGCUGCUUUAGGAAGCAGGUGAUGCUCAGACAGAUGUACUGUGAGGAGAGCGUGUGGAAGACCAAUCUCAACUAUGUCGUAGCUCAGGCACAUUUAGCCCUGUUUUACCAGGGUCUGGAGCAGCUCCAGCAAAGACCUCCUCUACACAGGUACAGCCAGUUAGAUCCUUUGAGUUUCUCCAUGGCGUACACUGGCGUCUCCCUGAGCAUGAGGAAAAACCCACAGCAACAGCAAGCAUCUAGAUCUGACCCAACACUACAGAGAGACACAACAACAGAGAGAGAACCACCAGCACAGACAGAUCUCAAUGAAGAAAAUGGAUCCACUGUGAACCCUGAAGUGCUUUACGAGAUGCAAAAACAAACUGCUGCUGCCAUGUUGGUUUCACUCACCAACGCUGCGCUUCAUCUUCAUCGAGCCAUGGUGCUGGCGCAUCGUAACAGUCACUGGGCCAUACUGCGCACUGUGGCUCAGACCACGUGGGACCAGUACUGCAGAACCGCUUGUAUCGCCCAGAGAGGACUCCAUCUCGACCUGCCCGCCUUCAUCACAUCUGAGCAGCAACUCAACAUUUUCCGCCCUUUGCUUGUACUGGCGACUCGACUGAUCAUGGACAUGUUAAACCAGCUCGGGCUGUGGAGUGUUUAUGAAAAGGACAUUUCAGAAGAAGAUACACAUUCCUAUCUCUACUUCUCUCCAUCUUUGGACGAAACAACCAAAAUCGACAUGCGCUGGGUCAGUGCACUGGUGAUCCACACGCUGGAGCAACUUCAUGACUUUGGCAAAUGGGAAACGUUAGCUCAUUUAGCUUUACAUUUCAAUACAUACACACGAGAUUGUUAUGCGUUAAUAGUUUCACCUCUGCUAAUCACCGCUCAGAGAAAACUGUUGGAGAGGAUUGAGUCGUUAAAGGGACCCCUGGCUCCUCAGCCUCACCACGUCAAGACAACAGAAGUGACUGGACGAGAGGUGACAUACAGGAGUUAUGUGGAUGUUCAGCUUCUGAGCGGGUGGACGUCCACACUGGAAAAGACCACUGUUAAAAAGGAAGCACCAUCCAGGGACCAGCUUAUAGAGGCUGAAGUUCAGAGGUCAAAGGUCCUUGUGUGUGUUCCUCUGGAUGUUGAAGACACACUGUACUGGUAUCGAAAAGCUGUUGAGAAAACGUCCCCAUGUCUCCGGUUCUUCCAACACAGCCGCUCACAGUUACAGCGUCUGCUGGCCAACACACAGUCCUGUUUUACAGCUCAGGGUGUCCGGAGCAGAGAGCCCAGCAGGUUAGAGAGUCAGGUUGAGUUUAAUCCUGUGGUCAUAACAGCUCCAACAGUCAAACCAUGUGAUCUGAUGGAGAAGGAAUACAAGAGCGUCGAGUCUCUGUACAGUGUGCCCUUCAGCCCAGACCAAGUAUCCACCAUCACUGCAGCGUACACCACAGCUAUCAAAUAUUUCCAUGAAAACAAGUGUGACUCCCUGACUGUUGUGGCGAUGCAUGAACUGGGAAAUCUCCAUUAUUAUAACAGCAACACAAAGGCAGCACAUGCAUGUUGGACAAAGGCAGUCAACGUGGCCUUGAAGAUCCCUGAUGCUUUUGAAAGAUGGGAUGGUGUGACUUUUGGAGACUGUUCCCUUCAGCACAGACUGAAGGUGUCUGGGGUUUGGGGCUGUCUACAUGCUGCCUGCCUCACAGCCAAAAUUGCCCAGUAUAUUUUAACAGACAUCAGUAAACGCACUGAUAGUUGUCUCCAGUCUGCUCACUUGUUCAAGUGUGUGUUGUGCUGCUCUCUGGCACAGCCUCAGUCCGAUCUUUAUUAUGCGUCGGAUGUGCUCAUAGAAGACCUGUUGCCUGGUGUGGACCUCUUCUCAGACUCCUCCAGACUUCACCUGGGCACUGCUGUAGCAAGUCUGAGCUUCAUCUGCCACUGGCUCUUCUCCACAGGACAUUACAUGAAGCUGCUUCCCAUGUUGUCCCUGUACUUCUAUCUGGUUGGGUCUGUGUGCAGAGAUGUGCAACGUACUGUUCAAUGCAAAAUCCUCAAGAUACGCGCCCUCACUGAGUUAGGUCUCUUCAGUGAGGCUGUGAGGGAGACUCUGCUUCUCUCAAAAGGAGGAGGAAUCCGUCUGCCUCAGGGUCACUACAUUCAGACACACAGAGAUCAUGCUAAAACCACAUUCAACAGCUCCCACACUAUCCUAGAAAACAUGGAGGCGCUGAAAGAACUUCUAAACUGUGAUGUGACUCCACCUGUUUGUGCACUUUAUGGAUCUGCACUGUGCCUUCAGUUUAAGCUCGCACAAGCUCAGCUGAUCCUAGCAAUAAGCUCCACUGUAUCCAGUCCUUUGGAAGUUCCAGAAACAGAAAACCAAACCAGUGACUCUAAAAACAAGAGAGAGAAGACACAAAACUGCUCCAUCUUGAGUCUCGAGUCUCUUCAGGAGCCACUCACUGCGGGGAUGAUAAAGUACGAGCUGUUGGAGUCAGUGUCCAGCUCAUUAAAGUCCAUCCUGAAUGAGCUGAGAGUACACGGCCCUGUGGGCACAGAGGACCUGACUGUGGAGUGCAGUCUGCUCAAGGCCAAACUCUGUUUACUGAAGGGAGAAGCUGCUCUCAGUGCUGAGAUGGCCAUGUCAGCCCUGAUGUUUCUAAAGUCAACUUCUGACAUCACAAACGAGAACACAUCGGUUUUUGAGGAACAAACCGCAUCUGAAGGGGGCACCGCUCGGCCCCGUGUGGAGGGGGACUGUGUGGAGGUGGUUGAGGCGAGCGAGAGGAUCAGCUCUGUGUUGUGGAUACGCUGUCGUCUCACUCUGGCUCACAUUCUGACUGCACAUGAUGUUACUGCUGGAGCUGGACCAGGUGAUAAAUUAAGAAGGGGGACAGCCCGUGUGAUGAGGGAAGGGAUUGAAGAAUGUAAAAGAUGGGGAGAUCCUGACAGUGAAGCUUUGCUGAUGCUGGAAGCUGCACACUGGGACAAAAGCAGUGCAGAUAAAUCAGACCAAGUCAAAGAAGUCGUGAGUCUUCUUUCAGGGUGUCUGAGUAUGCCUCCUCGUUCAUCCAUUACUCUGGCUCGAGCAGCUCUGUUACUGCAUGACAUGAAAACACCAGAGAGCAUCCCGUUUUUAAAACUUUCACAAAAGCUGUUACAGAAUCAGGUGAAAGGUUUCAGUCAGAGUAUUGUUGUGGACGCUGAAGGUUUCCAAUGUUCCACCUGCCUCCCUUUUCUCCACCUUUUACAUCACACCACGUCCUGCAUAGGUCAAAUUAUUGACUCCCAAAUGUAUGCUGCUUCUGAGACUUCUGAAGAGAAGAAGAACCCUUAA